AAGAGAGAGGAAGAAAAAGCCAUGGGAGUAAUAGCUCAACUCAACUAUUUUUGGUUCAAUCUCUUUAUACUCUUUUUUUGUUUCUCCAUCUCCUCCAUUUAUGGAUCUGAAGACGAUUGUGUGUACACAGUUUACGUUCGAACUAGUUCAAAAAUAAAAGCUGGAACUGAUUCAAUCAUCAGCUUGACUCUCUACAAUGCAAACGGGUAUGGUAUUCGAAUCAAUAACUUGGAAGCUUGGGGCGGGCUUAUGGGCCCGGGUUACAACUAUUUCGAGAGAGGAAACUUAGACAUUUUCAGUGGGCGAGGCCCAUGUUUAAAUGGGCCGAUCUGUAAGAUGAACUUGACUUCCGAUGGAACAGGCUCCGGCCAUGGAUGGUACUGUAACUACGUCGAAGUCACCGUCACCGGAGUCCAUAGAGAAUGCGAUCAACAGAAUUUCAAAGUGGAGCAGUGGAUCGCGACUGAUCAUUCGCCUUAUCAGCUCACUUUCAUCAAAGAUCUAUGUAAGAAGACUAAGUCCGGUGAGAAUUUGCCUCUCUCCGGUGAGGAUCUGCCUGUUUCCGGUGAGAAUCUGGUUGUUUUCGAUGUUGCUGUGAUGUGAUCUAUCGAUCAUCUAUUGGGCUUUGAUUGGGCCUGAGCCCAUAUUUUAUUAUUGAAGUGUGAAUUUAAUAAGGGGCAGAAAAGACAAUUGGUAACGGUUCAAUGUUGCUAUGAUGUUUAUUGUUUUCGAGAUGUAGUAGUGCUUUAGUAUUAGUAGUAGAGAAGACAUUAUAUUUUAUUUAAUGAAUAAUAAGGUCCAAUAUAUACUAUCAUGAUUCAU